AUGACCAGCCAAAGGGCUCUACAAUGUGCAGAAAACAAGUCAGUCGCGUCAGCCAAAAGAGACGAGGCAACCGCACUUUCGCUAGCCUCGUUGAGAAUGGGCAAAACUUUUUUUUGGGAGAAGCUGGGAAUUCUGCACCCAUCUACACCCUUGGUGUUGCAACCGGGCGCAGGCUGGUACAUGUGA